UAUUCCUUUUCCCCUCUUGUUCGAAGUUUGGACUCCUGAGAGGUACGAUCUCUUACUGGAUUUCAAUCCCCCCAACAAUUUUACUUCUUAGAAUCCUCGUGCCUAUGUAUAUAUUUUCCUUCAAUCAAUUAUUGAAUAUUAAUUUUGUCUCUUAAUCGUACUUUCUGAGCUACUAUAAACAAAACCAAUCAAAACCCCUGACCAUAAUUGUUUUGCGCCCCUGUUGUUUCCAUAAUUCUAGAAUUGUUGAUCUAGAGUUGUAAAAAAAGGAUCUUUAUAACGAAAACUUUGUAUUGUGUGAGAAUUUGUGGGUGUAUAUAUAUAAUAUUUAAUUAAUGGCGAAUGCGGAUGAGGAUGAUGCUGUUUUGAGCGAUGUUGAGGCCGAUGAUCCGGUGCCUAUUGAUAUAAAAAUCCCUUUGCCGGAAGCUGUUUCGGUGGAGAGAUUCCAGGACGUUCUUGCGGAGCUUGACCGGGAGAGGAUAGCCCGUCAGGCCGUGGAGAACUCCAAGAAUGACCUUCAGGUUCAGUUUAAUAGGCUUAAAGUGCUUUGCCACGAGGCGAUCAAGAAGCGCGAUGAGAGCUCGAGACAGCGUGAUGAAGCAUUGAGGGAUAAGGAGGAGAUGUUGGGGAAAUUGGAGAAGGUUUCUGGGGAGUUGAGUGAGGAAAUCAAGUUAAAAGAUGAGGCCCUGAGGCAAAGGGAAGAGGUUUUACUACAGUUAGAGGAGUUGGGGAAAGCAAGGGAGUUGUCCCGAGUUGAAAUGGAGACAGGGUCAUCAAUGUUAGUUAGUGGAAUUGAGAAAAUAUCAAAGAAAGUUAGUAGUUUUAAGGAUUUUGGAGUAAAUGGAUUGCCGAGGUCAAAUCAAUACACAGGACUUCCAGCAGUGGCAUAUGGUGUAAUUAAGAGGACGAAUGAGAUUGUGGAAGAGCUUUUGAGGCAGAAUGAGUUGAAUGUGAAGUCCAGGAACGAGGCUAGGGAGUUAAUGGAGCAGAGGAAUUAUGAGAUUGCCAUUGAAAUUUCUCAGCUUGAGGCAACCAUUAGUGGGUUGAGAGAGGAGGUGGGGAAGAAAAGUGAGGAAAUUGAGAGCUUAAAGAAGUCUGUGGAUGAGAAAAAGGGGCAGGUAGCUGAAUUGGAAAGUGAGUUUUUGGAGAAGCAGGAGGCAUUGGAUAAUGAAGUGGCGAGGCUGAGGCUGUUGGUGAGCGAUUACGAGUCAAAGAUUGAGUCACAAAGGCCGUUGUUGGUAGAUCAAUUGAAUUAUGUAUCAAGAAUUCAUGAAAAGAUGUUUGAUAUUAUGAAGAUUGUUGAUGCUAAUAAAUCCUCUGAGUUGUCUGAAUCGUUAUUCCUCGCAGGAGAAACAGAUAUAGAGGAAAAUAUUAGGGCGUCCUUGGCAGGAAUUGAGUCUAUAUAUGAAUUGAGUAAAAUUGUCGUUGAGAAAACAAGGGAUUUGAUGGAACAGAGGAGUCGUGAAGUGACAAGUCUAAAUGAGACGGUUUCUCAAUUAGUAAAGGAGAAAGAACAAAUUGGCUCUUUAUUGAGAAGUGCUUUGUCAAGAAGAACGUCAGUGGACUUGUCAUCAAAAACAAAUGAAUUGUUUAAAGUUGCGGAGAAUGGAUUAAGAGAGGCUGGGAUAGAUUAUAACUUCAGCAAACAUCUUGGAGAGAGGAAGUUUCAAGAUUCUAAGGAUAUAUCGGUUGGUGGGGAAACAGAAAAAGAUGAAGUUUAUGCUCUUGCUAGUGCACUGGAGGAUAUCAUUAAACAGUCUCAGCUUGAGAUCAUUGAGCUAAAGCAUUCUGUGGAGGAACUCAGGGCAGAGUCAAGUUUUUUCAAGGAGCAUGUGGACGCUCUGUCCAAGGAGCUCAACCAAUGGAAACAACGCGUAGAAGAGCUUCAAGAGAAGGAGAAAGUAGCAAACGAAAAUGUUGAAGGUCUUAUGAUGGAUAUUGCUGCUGCUGAAGAAGAAAUUACACGGUGGAAGAUGGCAGCUCAACAAGAAGCUGCGGCAGGGAAAGCAAUCGAACAAGAGUAUUUUGCACAGUUGGAAGCCGUGCGACAGGAACUCGAGGAGGCAAAAAAGGCUGUGAUUGAAUGGGAGAAAAAGCUGAAAUUCAAAGAAGAAACAGCAGUGGCAGCCAUGGCAGCAAGAGAUGCUGCUGAGAAAUCAUUAAAAUUGGCAGAUAUGAGGGCGUCUAGGCUGAGAGACAGAGUCGAAGAGCUGACUCAUCAACUCGAAGUGCUAGACUCCCAAGAAACCUCAAGAACGGGCCUAACUCGACCAAGAUAUGUAUGUUGGCCAUGGCAAUGGCUCGGCUUGGAUUUUGUCGGCUCACGUCCUUCUGCAACACCACAAGAAAGUGCAAAUGAAAUGGAACUUUCUGAACCCCUUCUUUGAUUAUCUUUCGCUUAAUGAUUUUUCCUUCCUCUCUUUGUAUUUUUUUGUGAAACUUGAAAAUUGGGACAGUUUAGUUUAUAGCAUAUUGGUUCUUCAAAGGUUAUUAGUAUUAGUUGUACUUUACUACGAGCCAUGAAAAAUGAAAUCUUCUCGAUUCAAGGUACAAUACAGAGGCAGAUUAAAGGAUUGUUUGUA